AUGAUACCCGUGCCAUCGUGCCUGGUGGAUAAGGGCUUCACUUGCUCGGUGUCAGGCCGCCAGCACCUCCGCAACCUGGGCAAGGCCGUGGGGGCCAAGGUGAACGACCUCCUGCGCCGCAAGGAGCCGGCUGGCCUCCCCAGCGUGGGGGUGAUGGAGGUGAACGCCAGCGCUGGGGCCGUGCUGGGCACGGGACAGCUGUCUGCCGAGGACGGGUGAGUGUCCCCCCGGGCUGUGAGGCUGGAAGCCUUCCCCCGGCUGGACCCUCCGCCCCCCAUCACCAAGAAGCGGACGCCACGUGCCCUGAAGACCCCGCAGGACAUGCUCAUCGCGCCACAGCCGGCAGAGGCUAGCCCAAGGAGCAGCACGGAGGAGCCCACUGGACUGCUCACAGCCCACUCUGACCCUGCAGAGUUGCAGCUGGAGAUGAGGGACCCAUCCCCUCCAGAACACCCUGGAGUCUCCAGCAUGAUGAGCACCUCAGAGCCCAGUGGGGACCAGCCCACUGGUGCCCUCCCUGUGCCCGACCUCAUCCAUAAGGGCAGCCUGGAGAGUCAGUGGCAAGCGGUUGAGAGAGCCACCGAGACCUCACCCCGCACGGAGAAGCCCUCCCAGAGACCAGGGCUGGAGCAUGAGCUGCCAGGGGGCAUAGGGCGGCCGGAGCCACGUACCCCUGGCCUGGAGGUGGAGGGGCCCCAUCCUGACCUACUGUCUUUUGAGUAG